GGCAACGCGACCGAUGGGCGACAGCGAGGAGCCAGUGGAUCCCCGCCCGCUGAAAGACGCGCUCCUGCGCGACGUAGCAUGGGCCGAGAAGAUGCUCGACGCGCACGCUCGCAACUACGACCACGAAUGCACGGUUUGCCACAGCAGGCAAACGAUUCUCCUUGUCGCGCAGCAGCACGUGUACUGUCGCAUGUGCCGGACGACGACAGCCAACGUCUACUACCGACCACGACCUUGCGACAAGAUCAGCGAGCUCGAGCGCCUCUCCAAGGACGCUGCGAACGAAAUGCUGCGGGAAAUACUUGCGGCCUUUGAGCUUCCCCACAACAAAAGUCUCUUGGCCAACGCCAAAGUACAAGGUAGUCGCGUCUUGCCGUUCAAGGCUAAGCACCCAGCACUAGCGCGGAACCAGCUCCUUCUCGUCGUCCAGACGUAUAUUCCACUUGCCCUGAGCAUUGUUGGCGCCGUCAUUGCGCAGUAUGGGUUUGCCAACUCACUCGAAGGCGUUCUCAAGAGCAUUCGCGCGAUGCAAGAGCACUGCGGCGGCGACGAUGCUCUCCACGACGGUGUCGUUCAGCUGCGCCAUCUCUUCUCGCCCUUCAAUACGUUUGAGCUCGACGACGCGCGCAUUCGCCAAGAAGAAGUCGACGCUGCGAACGAAGCGAUCGAAGCCGAAGCGCAGCGUGUGGCCGACGCCAAAAAGCUCGAGGCGCUCGCACAAGAGCGCCGCGACAUGGCGCUCAAGCGAGCUAAAAAAGCGGCGCGCGGCCUCGACCCCAACCAGAUCUAUGAGCCCAUCAUUGUUCGGCAACCCCCUCGCGAGAUGCUGCUCGUAUCGGGCCGCCAGGCCUUCUUGAGCAUCGUCGCUUCGCGCACCGAGAUGUAUCAGUGGACCUUCAACGGCAUACCGCUGCCAGACGACACCCCAGGCAUGCGCGGCUCGCGAAGCGCGUUCCUUCGCAUCUCGUUCUUCACCAAAGCCAUGUGCGGGCAAUAUGCGUGCAUUUGCACCAACGACGACGGCUGUAUGGUGAGUGACAUCUGCACGCUCGCGAUCGCCCAGCUCCAGCCAACGCUACUCCGCCGCGCAACGGUACCGUGUAUUCCGCACGACGUGUGCGUGGACGAGGCGACGACCGAGUACUUGGUCGUCUUGGCGGCGCGAGGUGUCGAGUUUCGGCACAAAACGACGCUGGCGGUCGUACCGACCGAGAAUGCACCGUCUUGCAGCGACAAGAGUCUCGUGCUCGCAAGCGAUCGCGACACGCUUUUACUCGGACUCGCCAACGGUUCGCUCCAUGUGUGGCGCACACAAAUUCGGCUGCCACCGCCGCCAACUCCAGUCCUCGAGCCAUCGCCAGCCCUGCUCAAGGAAGUGCCGUCGGCACGGCGCAUGAGCGUCGUCGCCGAUCAAAAAGCGGCAUCGUUCAAGCGCGCAGCCAACCGGCGCGCCAGCGUGACAUCGGUCGUGCACGUCGUCCGCACCGAACGCCACGCGACGUCGCUCGCCAAGAUGGCAUGCGUGUCCUUCUUUGCCAACAAGACGUGGUUGCUGUUGUCCGACAAAGCCAGCAGCCUGCAGCUGUACCGUCUCGGGCAAACGAAUCAAGACGAGGUGCUAUUGCCGCUCCUCUUAGCUACGUACGUGAUUGCGGCUCCCGGCAAAGCGCGCAUCAAGGCGGUCGCGACCAGUGCCGCGCUGCCGUAUGUGGCCGCUGCGUACGAGCACGUGGCGUCGGUGGACCUUUUCAAAGUACUCGCCUCGACGUAUGCAAAAACCACGAUUCGGACGCGGUACCGCGUUUCGGCGCUAGCGAUGCCCGCCUACGGCUACGAGCUCGCGAUCGGCGAGCAGGGCGUGCAACACGGCUUUCUUAGCGUCUUCAAUGUGGAGACGCGGCACCGGAAUUGGCACACGCGGGGCCACUUUGGCCCGAUCGAGCACAUGCAGUACAUUGGCAACUUUGUCCUGUGUACGCUCGGGAUGGACCGCAGCGUCAAGCUCUGGGACACGACGAAACGCGCGUGCCUGCUCGAGUUUGUGCCCCAAUCCGGGAUCCCAACGACGUUGCGUACAUUCAGCUAUGCGACGCCCGAGGCCGCGACGGCCUGCGCGAUUGCAAUAGGGUAUUACACCAAGCAGCUCGAGGUGUGGCACAUCGCAUGCCUCGACAAGGUGCUCGCGAGCAUUGAAACGGAGCAUCUGUACGCUGUCGUCACGGUGCAGAAACAAUGGCGUGGCGCGCUGGCCCGCCACCGACACCAACGCGCUGCUGUCCUCGGGGCUGCCGCCGACAGCCAUGUGCCGUAAACUGACGCGACUCGAUGGACAUGAACAGAUCGCGUCAUCGGCGACCAACAACUGGACGCUUCGUUCCACCAUGCACUGAAUCGAGGUUGCUGUUUCUUGGU